AUGAUUCUGGAUUACUUUUCAAUUGUUUUGACAAGUGUGAUGAUGGGUAUUAUAGCGAUGAUUCAACCGCAACUUCACACAUAUGCAAGAAGUGUUUCCCAGAAUGCCAGAAUUGCACUGAUGGAACCAAAUGCACUACUUGUCCAGACACCAAACAUCUAUACAACAGCAGCAGCAACAUGUAAGAAGUGCAAAACUGGAAGUAAUUGUCUGACUUGUGAAUCUGACACAAAGUGUUUGUCUUGUAUUGAUGGAUUCUAUUUGGCAGGUGAAGGAAAAUGUUCUGCAUGUAACACAAUUGCUGGGUGUGGGAAAUGCAAGUCGGCAAACGAGUGCACUGAAUGCACAACUGACAAUCUCCAACCAGACAAAACUUGCAAAAAGGAUUGCCCAGAAGCGUACUUUGCAAAUGAUAAGGUGUGCACUGCAUGUGUUGAUGAUUGCAAGACGUGCACCGAAGAAACUAAGUGCACUAAUUGCAAAGAAGAUGCGCUGAUUGUUGAAGACACCAAAAAGUGUGUGAAAGGCAACUGUCCAGAAAUGUAUUUCAAAGAUGGUGCUGAGAAGAUGUGCAAGAGAUGCACUGAUGGUUGCAAAGUGUGCAGCAAUGCAACUGACUGCCAAGAGUGUGUUUCACCAAAGAUGUUGGAGGAGGGAACUAUGAAGUGUGUUGAGAAAUGUGGAGAUGGGUUCUUCAAUGUCGACAACAAAAAAUGUGAUAUGUGCAUGGCAAACUGCAUGACGUGUGCAGCAAAGAAAAAGUGUGACAAGUGCAAAGACAACUAUUUUAUGUCCGAUGACAAGUGUGUUGACAUGUGUCCAGAAAAGUAUUUUGAAAAAGAAGGAAAAUGCGAGAAGUGCAAAAACACAUACAACACGCCAUGCAAACAAGGCGACACCGAAUGCGAGGUUUGUAUGAACAAAAGUGGGACAUUGAAGGUGUUAGUUGUAGCUGUGGUGUUUGUCUUGAUGAUUGCCUUCUAA